AUGUCUUUAUCCGUUGAGGUCUAUAACCCCAAGGACAAGCACUUCUCCCCUUGCCAUCUCUUCAUUGAUCCAGGCGCAGAAGCCUCCUUUUGCACGGUGGAGCUCCAGCAGCGUUUGGGGCUCGCCACGCUUCUCGAGCAGGACCUCAAUAUUAUCACAUUUGGCAAUCAGGUCAAUCAAGAAACUGCUGCUAUUGUCCGCCUUAUCUUGCGCAAUCCGUUGAUCACCUCCGAAUCGAAAUCGAUCGUCGUUUAUGCCAAAAAUUCCAAGAUUACUAGUGCCUAUCGUCCCCCUCCCUUGACUACCGCUGAUCUGGCUCAUUUGCAUGCUCUCCAGUGGCAUUAUGCGCCCCCGACGGGCGCCAUCGAGCCUGAUAUCCUGCUAGGCAUGGAUCUCUGGUGGUCCCUCUUUGAAGGUUCCGUCCGUGAAAUUUUGCCCUCCGGCCUCGUUGCUCUCAAUACCUUCCUCGGUAUUAUUGUCAGUGGCGUCCAGCAACCGCGUCGUCCCCUUCCCCGUGCUUCCCCCCAUCAGUUGCUCGUCAAUUCCGUUGGCGUGCUCGAGGAGGUUGAAGCCUUCGAAGGCCCCUCCACCUCGGAAACUGAUGCAUGGGCUUUGAGCAAUAUCGGCAUUUCCGACGAUAUUGAUAGCAAGCCCGCUGCCUUUGUUGAUCAUCAACUUGUUCGCGACUUCUUGGCUAGCCAUGAAGUGAGGGAGCGCGGGCGCAUCUACAUUAAUUUGCCCUGGAAUGAAAAACGGCACUUGCUGCCUGACUCCUUCCACCUCGCAUUUUCUCGAUUAGCUAGUAAUUUGCCUCGUUAUCGCAUGGAUCCCAAAAUUUGGGAUUCUAUUCAACAAUGCAUCCAAGACAUGCUCGAUCGCGACGUGCUCGAAGUCGUAUCUGAUCCUGCCCGUGCGGAUGGCCCUGUCGUUUACUACAUCCCUUUGCACAUCGUCUUUCGUCCGAGCAGUAGUACCACGAAAGUGCGUCCCACUCUCGAUGCGAGCGCGAAAUAUCAAGGAGAAAUUUCCCUUAAUGACGCACUCCACGUUGGACCUUCUCUGCUCGGGGAACUCGUUCCCAUCAUUUUGCAGUGCCGUACGCACCAGUAUCUGAUUAGCAGCGACAUCGAAAAGGCUUUUUGGGCCGUCUGGUUGAAAGAAGAAGAACGAGAUGCGACCCGCAUCGUGUGG